UGUGAUUCCUGUCUCGGGGCUGGCAUGGCCGAACCUACUAGUAAUUCCGUGCCUGGUACGGGGUGGCUUCCAGCCCCCGAGCUGACGUCCGCCAUGGGGCCGUUGAGAAGCACCGCCCCGCCGCAGGGCAACUGGGCGCUGUGGGCGAUGCUGCCGCCACCGCCACCCCCCUUAUUGUCGCCUCCCGUGGAUGAGUCGAAGCAUUCCUCCGAGACGCAGCUCCCCAUGGAGGUCCAGCCUCUCUCUGGGGCGCCGCCCCCCUUUGAUGCCCACAUUCUCCCCGGGGCUCAGCCCCCCUUCGACGCCAAGUACCCCCUGGACUCUCAGCCGCAAACCAGCGGCCAGCCUUCCUGGGAUUUCCAGGCUUCGACAUCAUGGUACUGGAGACAGUCUCCCGAUGGUUUUCCUUGGCACCAGAACUCACACAACUUUCCAGUUAAGAAUACUUAUUUUCCACGAAAAUAUGGUGCCAAAUUUACAGACGUCAAUUUCUCUCCCAAUAAAAAACAGAAGAAAAAGAAAAGAAAGGAGCCAGUUUUUCACUUUUUUUGUGAUACCUGUGAUCGUGGUUUUAAAAAUCAAGAAAAGUAUGACACCCACAUGUCUGAACAUACAAAAUGUCCUGAAGCGGGUUGCUCUUUUAGUGCACAUGAGAAGAUUGUACAGUUCCACUGGAGAAAUAUGCAUGCUCCUGGGAUGAAGAAGAUCAAGUUAGACACACCAGAGGAGAUUGCAAGGUGGAGGGAAGAAAGAAGAAAAAACUAUCCAACUCUGGCUAAUAUUGAAAAGAAGAAAAAGUUAAAACUUGAGAAGGAAAGGAGGGGAGAAGUGUUGACGACAAUACAGUAUGGCAAGAUGAAAGGAAUGUCCAGACAUUCACAAAUGGUGAAGAUUAGAAGUCCUGGCAAACACAAUAAGUGGAACAGUGGCAAUGCUACACAUAGAACAGUCACUACCUCAGGUAGUCAUGGUCGUGGUCCAAAGCCUGAGAUUCCAGCAAAUGAAGAUCCCCUUGGCGUGUUGAUAAACAGUGACUCUGAUUCUGAUAAGGAGGAGAAACCACCACAGACAGUCAUUCCUAAAGAGGUGACACCAGCCUUGUGUUCACUGAUGAGCAGCUAUGGCAGUCUCUCAGGAUCAGAGAGUGAGCCUGAAGAAACUCCCAUCAAGACAGAAGCAGACAUUGUGGCAGAGAACCAGGCUCUGCAGACCAGCGCUCCCAAGAGUCCAAGUAAAGAUGCUACAGCAACAGUUCGAAACUCCUCAGAAGCCCAGCAUGGGCGUACAAAGAAAAGCUUUAGAAAUACAAACCCUAAGAAGAAGAAAAACAUACGCAACUAUUCGCAAUUAUUUGAACCUAGAACACACCAUCCCUAUCUCCUGGAAAUGCUUCUAGCUCCAGACAUUCGACAUGAAAGAAACGUGAUUUUACAGUGUGUUCGGUACAUUAUCAAAAAAGACUUUUUUGGACUCGAUACUAAUUCUGAGAAAACUAAGGAUUCAUAAGUGUCAAAUGUUUAACACUCAUAAGUAAAGUAUAUAAAAUACUGUCAUCUCAAAUCAGAAAAAACAAAAACCAUUUUUAAAAAACUGGAUUAAGUAAUGUAAUUGUAAGUCUCCUAAGAUAUUAUGUUGGAUUUUCAAGUCUUUGAUUCUAGCAAAUAAACACAGAGCUGAUUUUU